AUGAGAACAGCUGGAUGCAUGAACGAUACCAUAUGGAGUAACAAACACUUGCCAACCGAGACAAAGGCAAGAAUCUACAAAGCUACCAUAAGACCAAUAAUGACGUACACAGCAGAAACACGACCAGACACAACAAAAACUAAGAGGUUGUUGGAAACAUGUGAAAUGAAAAUCCUAAGGAAAAUAGCUGGAAAAACGCUAUUAGAUAGAGAGCGCAGUGACAACAUAAGGAAAAUAUGCGGGGUGGAAGAGGUGAAUGAGUGGAUCCUGGGGAGAAAGCACGAGUGUAAUGCACACAUAGACCGAAUGGAUCAUGAGAGAAUGGUCAGAAUUGCACGUGAUAAAUCACCAACUGUAAGGAGAAGUAUAGGAAGACCGCGGAAAAGGUGGAGCGAUAACCUGACUGCCAACUGA